UGAAAGGGGGAGCAACUUUAGUUUUUUCGCCUUUUUCAAACUUUAGCAUUUGUAUUCCUUUUUUGCUUACAGCGCUGCAUAGUGAGAAAAAUACUGGAGACAUUGCAAUUCGUUUUUGAAGAGUUUUGUUCACUGUGAGCAAUUUGUACAGAUGGUCUGGCCCGUAUUUGUUGCUAUGGAGACAGAGACGCUGUUGUAGGUUCUUAAAGGGCCAGAAUCCGAAUUCAGAUAAUCCCACGGAGCAAAGUUUUCUAUCAUUUGGUGAGAAGAUGGACUGGAUAAAUCGUCUUAGUUAUUCCAUGGCACCAUAUGAGGAAGAUCUUCCAAAGGAAUAUUUGAAUCUAGAUCAAAAUAAAGAGAGUGCACGGAAGGAAAUAGAGUCCUCAGCCUGUUUUCUGAUUGGCUCUAUAGAAAGUGUAAACCAAAAGAUUGCUCAUCUGGAUAUGGAGACGAAUAAACGUAACCAUGAGGAUUCUGAUUUAGAUGAGAACAGAGGCUUAUCCUCACUAGUCCAAGAUACACAAGGAAGGACAUUGAAAGCAGAGCAGAUUCAGCAAAAGCAAAGCGUAAUAAAAAGUAAACAGAAAGUGUUAGACAAAUUCACUCACAGAUAUGAGCACCCAUUGACUAAUACACAGUCGGACCAGCACCAAGAAAUGCAAGAUAUUGGGAAUAAAAAGCUGAAGUCAAAACCCAGACUGAUAGAGCUGUAUCAGUUUUCUGGACUUUCAGAUGCAGGUCCCACCCCACUUCCUUAUGGAAUUGUUCUGGAUACCAUUAUUGACAGGGUGGUUUCAGCCCAUGAGAGCACAGGUGGCAAGAUCUGCUCACCAAAAGAAGUGUGCCGGAAUCUUAGUUCACUUAUAGCCAAGGAGAUUAUAUUGGGUUGCUUUUGGUGGAUUUACCUACACAAGUAUAAGCCAGACACUGAGAAUCAGAAACAGUUGUUUGACCGUGUUGCUGAGAAUUAUAUCAAACUUCUUGGAAUUACCUUUGACCAGCAUCAUGGGGAGGCCUUCCUUAAGGUCUUCCCAUCAGUGUUGAGUCAGGCAAUAUACAGCAGCUUCUGCUUCUCCUUUCCUCAGUCCUUGUACCGGUUCCAGUCAGAUGACUUUAGAACACAGCUAUGUAACCUUCUGUGGCAGUGGAUUGGAGGCAUAUGUCCCAGUCCAGGAUGCUACAAAACAUGGGACUUUCAUAUUCUGGAGCCAAAGAAUGACAUGGUUCAUGGGAAGGAAAAGCAGAAGCAAGGUAUUAGGAAUGGAGAAGGGGAAGCUCAGGAAAGAUUUAUAAAGAUUACCCCAUCAAGGAGACAGCCAGCAACCAAAGAAUCUCAUCCUGCCUGCUGCGGGCCAGCUUUCACACACAAACUCUUCAAUCUGAGUGGGCACAGCCCCCUGGUUCAGUAUUACUUGCAGGAACAUCACAAAAAGCCCCGAGCUGGACUAAACAUACUAGUACAUCGAACUGAGAUAAAAAAUCAAGUUCUAUCUUCCAUGACCUAUGCGGAGCUCAUCAAACAGGGAUUUCAGCGCCUCCAUAAGCAGGAAAUUGAAGUGAACAACAAAUUCCGGAAGAGGUGGAAGGAGAGCCUCGAAUUUGAUAGGAGCUUACAAAAUGCCAAGAGAGAAUAUCUCAAGGAAGAGAAGCAGAUUUUGUCUCAUAAAGCUGAAAUGAAGAGGAUUAGCCAGCAAAUAUUUUCUGACACCAAAUCUUCAGAUGGCCAUGAAGAGAAGAUAAAGCCAUAAUUUCAUGCUGCAUGUAACACAGAUUAUAUUUUAAUUUUAUCUUAUAAAUGUUCAGUAAAGCUUUGGGAUACAAGACUGGCCAAAUAAGUAAUAGUGUUCAUUCAUAUGAAACGUACCAAUAAAACUGAUUUUCAUCAGAAGAUCACAUUUCAUAUAGAGGCUACAAAAACCCCAUGAUUAGUGUUGGUGGCCCAAGUGACUUCGGAUGGAAAAAUUAUAGUCAAAAAUGGUAGGAUGCUUGCUUCAGUUUACCAAGCAAAUAAUUUCAAUGUAAGUCAUGGGAGUGUUCCUAAAGUGGCAGUCCCUGUGGGCCCCAGACUCCUUAGUCCAACACUAUUUGUAUAUAAAACCCGUUUAUGUUCUAGUGCUAAACAUAUUAUAAAUACCUAGAUAUUAUGAAAAAAUGGCUUAUCCAAACUGGCCAGGGUCCACUUUUAAAAACAAUUCUUCCCAAGCAGAUGAAGAUGUAUGGUGUGCACUGCUGAGUGAGGAAUCUGUUUCAAGUCCUAAUAUUUAAAUGAACGAAAAUGGUUUAUGAAACCUAUAUAGACAAACUAUUAGGUAAACGUUCAGUGUGUUCUAUUGUAGAUUGUUGUUCUCCAAUUAUUAGAAAAAAAUUAAAAGGCUUUAGGUUAAUGAAACAUGUUUGAAUGGUCACAAUAUUUUGAUUUGGGAAAGUCAGCCAAAAGUAAACAAAAUAGCAGCUUUCAAUCUUACAGCCUCUAUUUUGUUCAUUGGCUGAAUUAAUGGAUGUUUGCAGUAUACCAACAAUUGCAAAGAAAACAUAUAGUUGCUAUCAAAACAUGUUUUUUAUUUCCAGUGAUUGACAAAUAUUGGUAAGAAGAAAAACAAAUAGUGUUUUAAAAAUAGCAAAGAUCAGCCAUUAUAUUUAUGAGGGAAUGGACAAUUUAAUGGCCCUGGGCAUUCAGCAAAAUAUUGCGUAUAUAGUUUCAUGGAUAUUUUAACUGACAAAAUGAUUACAUUUUAAAAUAAUUUAAACUGCUAAAAUAAAUUCUGCUGUUCUAAAAAAGAAUGCUUGGAUGGAAUAAUAAAGGAAGGAUUAAAUGUAGGCAUAAUCACAGCUGACAGACAUCCUAGCAUUACAAAAUUGCAAAAAGAGGAAUACACCAUUUUUUAUUUCCAGUGAUUGACAAAUACUGAGAAGAAGAGAAACAAAUAGUGUUUUCAAAAUAGCAAAGAUCAGCCAUUAUGUUUAUCAGGAGAUGGACAAUUUGAUAGCCCUGGGCAUCCAGCAAAAUAUUGUGUAUAUAGUUGUGUAUAUAGGGCUGUGAUGGCCAUCAAUAUGAUAUUUGCCAUUAUACCAAUAGCAAAGAAAUUCCAGGAAUCAAUAUAGUAAUCUGCAUUCACCCAAUUUCUAAUUAUUUUUGGUAGUCGGCAAAAAAAUUGCAAUCCAGAUUUUUACAUCACAUUGCAAAAAAAAAAAAAGACUCCUGGAUUGAAAAUGAAUAUUGUAAAAAAAUGAAAAUGAAAUCUUUUGCAUGUGACCAUCCUCUUACGAUGAAAGAGGAAACAGAAACACAUACAUUGAUUAAAAUAAACAAUCCUGCAUAUAAACAGGUAAUAAAAAUAAUCACCAAUCGACAAUUAUGGCAAGAUCUUAAUCAAAAUCAUUUUGUAUACAGGGAAGGUGGAAGUAUAAAACAGCAUGUCAUUAAAAUCCAGACCCCUCCUCCCAAAAAAAAUUACUUUGGCAUUGAUGUCAUGCAUGCACGCAAAUGUCUAGGUGCAAAAAAUCAUUCAGCAUUUGGGAGUAAAUUGGGGCCGACAGAGUACAAGAGGGAUCUGAUACAGGCAAGGAGUAAGGGUCAAAACAAGGGAAAGUCACAAAGUACACCAAGAUUAAUGUUUGGAACUUGAUAAGCAAAUAGUCCCACAGGAAAUGUAAAAAUGAAAGUACAGAGGCGUAACUAGUUAUUUAUGGGCCCCACAGCAAAUUGUUUUUCAGGACCCCAAAAUGUGUAGCAGUUUACCAGUUUUACCAAUAUUUAUUGAACUUAUAUACCCUAUACCUCCUGGGCCCCCUGCAGCCACAGGGUCUGCUUCCUCUUUGGUUAUGCCCUGAUGAAGUGUCAAAACAGAUACAGCAUCAGAACACAUCCAGUGCAGCAUUAGGAUGUAUGCAGUGCAGGUGUUUGGCAGAUGUCAUAAUGGCUUUGUGCAUGAGCAUGGAAGUACAGUGAUGCCGGCAGGAAAACGGCAAUAAUUUUUACACACUAGUUAAGACUGUCAGCUCAAGCACUGAACCACUGUAUCAGCUGAUUGUGGUGGACUUAACCCAAUUAGACAUAAAUGCUACAACUACUAUUUUAAUAAAAUGCCUUUCAAAAUGUAAGAAAAAAUGCUAUUGCUUCAAACUAAAAAUAUAUAAUAAAGGUUAAAUGACAACAUGCCCAUCUAUGAUAUACUUAUAUACUGUAAGUUAUUACUACAUUAAAAUAUUUUAUGAAAUGAUAUAAAGGUUUCUUAUAAAUAUGAAUUUGUAUUAUAGAAAAAUGUGCCAGACAGUCUAUCAAUCAUUUACUGCAUGGGUCCAUGGUUAUUUAGGAUUUGGAAUAAGGAUGCCCAUACCUUCAUGUGUAGUAAAUGAAAACCGAACACAAUUCCCAGAUCCUAAAUCUCAAUAUGUUGGAUUUUUUUGGCCUGAUUAUUAUACAGCAAUCAACAAGUGGGGUUCACUUGUCUGACUGGUCUGCAUAUUGCCUGGCCUGUCCAUUAUUGACAGUCUGUCAACUGGUGGCCCCUGAUUAUUUUAUCUAUACAUUACACAAAUUAAACAUGUUUUUCAAAUUUUUCUAUUAGGAGAAGCUUAAAUUUCUAUUCUUAUUUAUACAUGUAUUACAUGUAUUUUUACAUCACUUUCUUAGAUAUUUACUUCACCACUAUUCAUUCAUUCAUUCAUUACAGUAAUAAGCAAACUGUAUGUUCAGCAAAAGUCUAUUAAACUCAUGUUGAACAAGAAGGUAUGCUGUUGUCCAUUUAAAGGAACAGUUAUACCAUGAAACAUGAAAGUGUAUAAAAGUAACUAAAAUAAACAAUUGCGCACACAAACACACAACUUUUACCAGUGCAGAGCAACAGUGCAUUUUAUUUUAUUUACUUUAAUAAAAUUGGUGUUACUUAUCAAAAUGCUCGAGAUCAAAAAGUGCUAAUAUGGACAGUUUGUGGGGGAGGGGGUUAAUUUAAUAUGGAUUGGUUCAUUCUUAUAAUAUGAAUUUUUUACAUGUCUUUUUAAUAAAUCCUUUUUAUUUAUACUGCAAUUUGCUUACU